GGGGUGUAGGACAGAGAUACGGAGCUCACGUAGUCGGCAGCGUUCAAGGUAAAUUUCGUGAAGCCGCGAGUAGUAGCUGUCCGCACUGAGACUGAACUCCGCGACACGACUGAGCGAUGCACCGUAACGCGACGCCCACUCCGAUGCAAUGCAACGGAACAUACGUUUCACAGGAAAGAAAACAUGAAGAGCCCUGCGGCCCACCUUGCCGACAGAAUGGCCUGUACAGCCACGAAGACGGCACGGAAAUGAUCGCCAACACGAGCGCAACGCCCAGGCAAGAGCUGUUAUCGCUCGCCGACACCUGGGGCUUAGGACACGCCGCCGUCGACUUCGCCCGGCGACUCGACCGCGAGGACCCGCUGAAGAAAUUUCGGGAACGCUUCGUCAUACCCAAAUUGGUAGACUUGACGGGAGUGGAUCCGGAGUUCAUCGAGUCACCGGAGCAGGAAUGCAUAUACAUGAGCGGCCACCUGCUUGGCGUAAAGCCGAAAGCUGUGGAUGAUGAGCUUCAGAAAGUUCUGGACGACUGGGGAAAGAGGGCUGUACAGUGCUUCCGGCAGGGGCACUUACCAGCUUCAACGGCCGACCACUACCCGAAGCAGCACAUGGCUGAGAUCGUAGGCGCCGACCGUGAUGAGAUCGUCUUUAUGAACGGCCUCACCGUCAACCUGCACCUGCUCAUGAUGACGUACUACAGACCAGAAGGGAGGAGGACCAAGGUGGCCGUGGAAGCCGAUGCGUUCUCAACAGACUUGUAUGCUGCGCAGUCCCAGGUGAGCCACCAUGGCCUCGACCUGGCGUCCAACCUGAUCCUUCUGAGCUCCAGGAAGGGCGAACAGUUGCUCAGAGAAGAGGAUAUCUAUGACGUCAUCGACAAAGAGGGCGACACCAUCGCUCUCCUGCUCCUGUCCGGGGUGCAGUACCAGACGGGCCAGGCUCUGGACAUCCGGGGAAUCACAAGUGCCGCUCGCAAAAAGGGUUGCGUCGUGCUGUGGGAUUUAGCUCACGCCGUCUGCAACGUGGAGCUGAGGCUGAACGAAUGGGAGAUAGACCUGGCCGCCUGGUGCACGUACAAGUACAUGAACUGCGGUCCCGGCAACACUGCAGUGGCGUACGUGAGCCACGAGUUCCGCAAGGGCUGUGGCCGGCUGCCGGAGCUGAGAGGCUGGUGGGGCAACGACGGAAAGACCAGGCUACUCAUGAGACGUGAAUUCGAGCCUUGGCCAUCGGCCGACAUGUUCAAAGUCUCCGUCGGAAGCGCGGUCCUGAUCGCGCCAAUCAUGACAAGCCUGCAGAUAUUCAGCGAGGUUGGCGAGUCGAACCGUCUGAGCAAGCAGUUCCUCCUGACCGGUUACAUGGAGCUCCUGUUGACGGACUUGCUCGGUGCCAGCCACGACCACGAAGACAGUACGCGCCCUUUCCACCUUCUCACGCCGGCCGACGUUAGGCGCAGAGGAAGCCAGCUCAGCCUGCACUUAGCCGCUCCCUACGAUGCCCGACAGGUGCUUCAAGAGCUCCUGCGACGAGGCAUCGUCGGAGACCUGCUCCCUCCAUCGGUGCUCCGCUUCACGCCGACUCCUUUGUACAACACCUUUGAGGACGCGUACAACUGCGUGCGAGCGCUGAAGGAGAUAUGCGACCGGUUCACCACGGAGGGGACGCCCUACACUAAUGGCCACUAAGGACUGCUCAUACGCAUGCGUGCUGUGGUUGUUCUAUUCGGCAACAGGUCAUCGACGAUUGCGUAGCUGCGUCACAACAACGGGACGCCUACUUGUGAAAACUUGACGACGCGAGGAGCCUUUCUUAUUCUUUUUUUUUUCUUUUUUCCAAAAACAAUAUGGAAUAUAGUGAAGAGCGAGUCGCUCGCUCCAUUGGUAUAAAUGGACCAACGCAACGGAACAAGUACACACAUAAUACUUGACGCCGUUAAGUAGUGGACAAUCACUAAUCAAGAGAAGAGGAGUAGGCGUAGCCACACAUAGGUACCAGCCUAUCCUUAAGUACAUCUAAUAAAGAAAAAGUACACAUAUAGCAUGCAAUGUACUCAAGGGCACGUACAUCCUCAGGCAACACAUGCACACGGGUAUUGCGAGAAAAAAGAGAGGAACGUGGUAUACUAUAGCAAACUUCAGACCAUGGUUUGUCCGAGCACGAUUUAUUCAUCCAUGCUGCAAAGGUAAUUAAAAUGUGCGCAU